CAUGCUCCUCGCCACAAGCAAGCGGAGAGAUGGCAAAGGAAGGUUGAUGCCUUGCCGCAGGCUGUCCGCCUGACGUAAUCACAUGCUGCUCCCAGCGACAAAAGCUGUUUCAUUUCUCCUCGCGUGACAGUCGGUCGUGUUCAUCGUAGCGCUUAGCGCAGGAGUUUGUGAGUCAUCUGUAACGUCCCGGCGAUGUAGCGCGUGUCUCUCGAAUUGCGGAAUGCCUGUAGUCCACGGUCUGCGAGUUUGACGCGCAGCUGUUCGUUUUCUGGUGCUGAGGAAUCAUGGAUGCGCCGGUGUACGGACGCAAUUUUCGUGCUGCAGCUUCGGUACAGGACGACGACAGGGUACCCGUGCUUCGAGAAGGUGUUGUGCCUCAAACCACGCGAUCGCAGUAUCGAAGUGCGACACUGCGAGCUGCCGAUGACGUUGACAGCAGCGUGGACGAUCCGUUGCUCGUUGUUCCGGCGUCAACGCCAGCCUGUGUUGUUCCCGUUGACAGAUAUUACUUCGUACGAAAUGUAUUCCUUUUAUUGGGAGUGGUUCUCAUGCUUCCUUGGAACUUCACGACGAACGCCAGUGAUUUCUGGAUGUACAAGUUCAGGAACGUGUCCCUACCGUACGACUACACGUUCACAAAUAAGACGGAGCUGCAAGCGCACCUGUUUGGCGCUUUCUCAGUGGCCAGCUCCUUUCCUUCGCUCAUAGCCGUCUACCUGGGAACACUUUUUAAUCACAGGAUCGGGCAAGACAUACGGAACAUAUUGGGGUUCGUUCUGUGCAUCACCUUCUUUGCAAUAGUCACGGCGUUCGUGAAGAUCAACACGGAUAGUUGGCAGGUUGGAUUCUUCAUUCUUACAGUCGUCCUCAUUUCGCUCCUGAAUGCUUUCGUGUCGUGGCUUCAAGGAGGAAUCAUCGGCCUGGCCGCACUCCUGCCUGCAGAUUACAUGCACAGCCUGGUCAUCGGAAUGGCGGUUGGUGGCCUGUUUGCUUCGGUGAUGCAAAUCAUCUGCCUACUGGGUCACACGGAUCCCACCACUGCAGCGCUGGCCUAUUUUCUCGUCGCCAUCUUUGUCUUCGUGGCUGCCCUGGCAUGCUUUUUGUUUAUGCUGUCCUCGGACUUCUUUGUGCACUGCGUGAAGAAUCCGGAAGCGAGCAUCCAAGAUCUGAUUACAGCAAGUGACCUUGAGGUCAAGGCCUCUACUGCUUUAAUAUUAAGAAAGGUUUGGCCGCAGGCAGCUUCCGCACUGUACGUCAUGGCCGUCUCCAUGGCUGUCUUUCCAGCAGUCGCCGUCCUCGUGGUGUCGUCGAACGUCGAGUCGGGAUCUGUGUGGACCGGCAGGUUCUUCUUGCCCGUUUGCGGAUACCUGCUGUUUAACGCUGGCGAUCUGACGGGAAGGAUAGUCUGCUCUUACCUGCCAUUGAAUGAAAAGCACGAAUACACAGUACUGUGGCUAACCGUGGCACGCACGGUGUUCAUCCCGCUGUUUAUGCUGUGUAAUGCGCAUCCUCGGCAUUACCUGCCUGUUCUACUGGACUCGGACGUUGCCUUCAUAGCUCUCAUGACCGUAUUCGCAUUCACCAACGGGUACCUGCUCAGUGCAUCCAUGAUGCAGUCCUCUAGGAAAGUGGCCAGCUACCUCCAGGAAAAGACGGGAUUCCUAAUGUGCUCGGCCAUUAUGACUGGCCUCACUAUUGGUGGUUUCGCAUCCGUUCUUUUCAUCAAACUGCUCUGAUGUGAACCCUUUCCUCGGAGCGCCACGGUUGAGCAAAGUUGUCUUCUGUCAUUUCUUGUGCAGAAGUGGUGGCAACGACAUACCAUUGCAUUUAGGACUCUGGCGCCACCAGUUAUCCGAGCCCGCAAGGUUGCUUGGAAAGUGUACGUUUAUUUAUAUCGCAAGAACACCAGUGCACUCGGGUGCACAUAAAGACCCAGCGGACACUGCUUGGCAUACGGACCCAGCGGCCCGUACAGACCCAGUGACAUACGAACCCAGUGGUGCAUUACGGAAGCACAGAUCCUCCUCAAUCCGUACACGUGUCUCCGUACAUGUACCUCUGUAAUAUGUGCAUUAUGGAGAAGCGUGGAAUAGUCAUCUGUUGCUUGCAGUUGUUGAGGCUUGUGUGGGGCAAGGGUCAUUGAAUGUGUGCCUCGCCGGAUGAAGCAACGACUCGGCGAAUUCCUCGGCUGGACUGUGUAGCAGCAGUGACAUAUAGGGUUUUGUACAUAUCGCCACAUUUGUGUAGGAGCGCUACACAUUUUUAAGUUUGACUGGCCGAAAUACUGCCUUUUCAGCUACUUGAAAGAUCCGUUGUCUUUGUUUAACGAAUCUCGUUGAGUAUCUCAGGGGAUUGAGAUUUUAUUUUUAUUUUAAAUCGCUGUUUCGAAGCAUGAAGGGAUUUUUCGGUUGUGUGCAGCUUUGGAGGUGGAAGUCAUAUGCGAACGAUAACUAAGAUCAGCACGCAGGAAUACCUUUUGCUGCACAGUGAAUAUAUAUAAUGUUGUUCAUCAAUGUAGGAAUCAGGCUAGCCUCCUGAUCCUAGUGUACUUAUGAGCGGGUUGUUUUAGAACAAUGAGCUAGCCUAUCGAAGAGUUUACAUUAUUGUCAUUGUUGAUCUUGUCGCAUAAGUGCCUUCUACGCCGUCAACACGAUAAGUCAUUUUUGGCUGAGCGUCGCUUAUGGUAUAUCUUGCUCACAUUUUAUGUGCUAUGCACUACCUGCAACUGUGUUCACUUCACAUAUUUUAACUGGCGCACAAUAGCGUGCUUUACUCCGGAAACACAAGCAACACGUGGCGUCCUUUGCUUUGAAAAAGAAUGACAACCACCAAGAAUGUGCCAUGAGACGUUAACGAAAAUGAAAAGCUGGUGAUUCGUAGGCUUAGAAAUGAUUAUGUUGUUCGCGUUUUAGGCAGGAAUUAUAAUUUUGAAUUGCUACGGAAAGUAGGAAAAAAGAUAAUGGUAUGUCAUACUGUGUUGCCAGAAGCCUUGGUACUCUUAGGAGGCAUUCAAAGGGAUGUUCAUAGUCGGCUGUUACUUAGUGCUGUCGUACUUAACAUUCAAAAUUGCAGUCUUUUAAGUUAUGUAAAGCAUUCGCACUCUGUUUUAAGCAGAUUGCGUGGUGAAGGAAAGUUUAUGCUGUCGAGCAGCACUGCCUUCGCGGUAAUUAUUGGAACAACGGAUGCACAAAAAUCCACGGCGUCCCUCACUGCAUGGCAGAGCGCUUGAGUAAGCUUUUGUACGCACACAAGUUUGUGAGCAUGCUAGCUCUGUGGUUUUCCCGUGAGAUACAAAAGGGCCAUCAAAUGAGUCUGCCCUAAAUUAGUGCCUGAGUUGAAACUACAUGAAUAACGCUAACGUUGUCAAAACAUCUCCAUGACUUACUUUUGUUACAUAUAUCGAAUUCUAUAUGCCUGAACAUCAAGAUUGAAUUCGUAAUCUUAUCGUGCACAUUUAGCCUGUUCUGCAGGGCAUGCAUUACAGAGCUAAAUGAGGACAACAUGAGGUACAGCAUCGCUAUUUAAUUAACGACAGCCUUCAAUGAGCAGUAAGAAGCAUUUAUUUUGUUUUUAGUUUUGUUGAACACCAAUAAAAAAAAUAUUGCCAUUAAAACCCUUGAACACUUCUUCACUUGUUUCCUUUUGUUGCAUAUUUAUUUUCAGAACUCCACCGCAUAGUGUCCCUUCUGUUGUAAUCACAAUAUAACUGACAAUCGACGUACUGAUGUAAAUUUCGAGAAGGGACAUAUUAAUAUUGGAAGUUAUGAGAAUUCUUUUUACCGUGAUUAUAAACAGUCCCACCUUCCUCAUCUCGUACAUGAACACUGAAUAAAA